AUGUUGGACAUCAAGAGGUCAAUUUCCAUGCUUCCAGCACCAGUAAACUCGGAACCAGAUACGGAUCUGACCAGUCUAAACUGGUUGCACAGUUUGACGAAUAUACUUUCGGUGCCAUCUUUGCCUACUCCUCCUGAUUCACCUAAUUCACCCACACGUUCAGCAGAUCAGAACCCAAAAAAACUUCCACACAAAAUCCGUUUCCAAAUGAGUUUGGAAAGUGCCGAACAAUACAAAAAUAAUGGAGACAAAAAACCGCCAUUUUCAUACUCUACGUUGAUUUGUAUGGCCAUGAAAGCUAAAGGAAAUAAAGUUACUUUAAGUUCUAUUUAUGGCUGGAUCAGGGAAAAUUUUUUGUACUACCGAAACGCUGAUCCUAGUUGGAAGAACUCAAUCAGACACAAUUUAUCGUUAAACAAAUUCUUCGUGAAAGUGCCACGAUCUAAAGAUGAACCAGGUAAAGGAGGAUUUUGGAAAUUUGAUGUCGAUUGCUUAGAAGGUGGUGCUCGACGUAAACGAACAAGUAGCCGGAGGCGGGCAAGUCGGAUGCAGCAAAAGAACAACGCGAGUAAGGGCCACGGAGAAAUGACUGUCGAGGACGAAAAAGCGCUCCAGUUGGCCGUCCUGUCGCUGCAAGAAGAGGAACAGCAACAUAUGGACAACAAUUUGGACGGUUUCCAUCAGCAGCCGAUGAUACUUCCUGUCGACGAGCCGAUGGGCGAACCCGAGUUGAUCUACAGCUGUUCGAUAAACGCAGCCACCGUGGAUCCGUUCAUGUCUUCUGUAGUUGAUUAUACGAUAAUCGACAUACCCAACGACCAUCAUCAGCCACAAAUCGCCACGGACGACGAGCUGACCAUGCUCACGAACUUGACGUGGGACGAUUCGCAAAUGGACCUGCUCGAUUCGUUGUUAGACUCGUUGUAGACCGGCUUUAAUAAUAAUUUAUUAUAUUUGUGCAGUUGGUAUGCGUUAUUGGAUCCUAUAUUAUAUUCUAUGAUAUCAUUGUCAUUAUUAUACACAUAUUAUUAUUAUAUUGUGUUGUAAUACCGAAUCCAUUCCGACAUUCCGUUUCGAGUGUUUUGACGUGUCAAAGUGAAACUAGUCUUUUUAUUUUUUAUUUUUAUUACUAUAUUGAAUUUAACGUAGAACGAAACGGCGAGAUCGAAAGUGUGAUACAAACUGUUUGGAUAGAGCUUGAUAACUAUUAGUGUAUAUUUAGAUUUAAUUACCCAAAAUAACCGUAGGUAAGUCUCUAAAGACGUAGCUACCUAUCUUACCAGUUUGCAACACAGACUUUCCGUUUCACCCUGUAUCGCGAAAGGCAAUACAAAAGACUUAUAUAGAAAAGUCACCCAAUUAAUCCUAUAUUAAUAUUAUGUAUUUAUAUAAUAAUCUAUCUAUCUUUUCUUUUUACAUACCUAUAUGCAUUAUUGUAUGUGUUAAUUAUUGUAUUUUUCUGUUUAACUUCGUUUCAUAAACGAGUCCUCAUUCUAUGUGUUACAAUAGCGAUUUAAAUUGUAUUUUUUUUUCAAUAAGCACGAAACUAUGUAAUGUUUUAACAAACGAAAACUUAAAAAUUUAAGUCAUAAGUAAUUAUAUAAUAUAAUACUACCUAUUACAUAAAUAAAAAUCGUAACAUAUUAAGCU